AUGGUAGCACCGGCAAAAAGGUUGGGUGACGGAAACCGACUUAGGGUUAGGGUUAGGGUUAGGGUUAGGGUUAGGGUUAGGGUUAGGGUUAGGGUUAGGGUUAGGGUUAGGGUUAGGGUUAGGGUUAGGGUUAGGGUUAGGGUUAGGGUUAGG